AUGAUAGCAUUAGGAUUAGAAGGUUCAGCAAAUAAAUUAGGGAUUGGUAUCAUAGAACAUAAUAUUGAAACUGGUCAAGUAAAUAUUCUGGCAAAUGUCCGCCACACACAUAUUACUCCACCAGGAACAGGUUUUUUACCGCGAGAUACUGCAGCUCACCACAGAGCACAUAUUAUUCCGGUGAUUCGAGAAGCUUUAAAAACUGCUAAUGUCAAAGUAAAAGAUAUUGAUGUUAUUUGUUAUACAAAAGCUCCUUUGGUAUCUGUAGCUGUCGUUGCAAGAACCUUAGCACUGUUGUGGAAUAAGCCAAUUGUUGGUGUCAAUCAUUGUAUAGGGCAGAUUACAGGAGCUAAUAAUCCGGUGGUAUUAUAUGUGAGUGGUGGUAAUACACAAGUAAUUGCAUAUUCAGAACAUAGAGGAAACAAAUUUAUUGAAUUACCCUAUACGGUUAAAGGAAUGGAUGUUUCAUUUUCAGGAAUUUUAUCCUUUAUAGAAACAGUAGCAAAUGAACAGCUAUCCACCGGUCAAUGUACUCCUGAGGAUCUUUGUUUCUCUUUACAGGAAACACUUUUUGCUAUGUUGGUUGAGACAACUGAAAGAGCGAUGGCACAUAUCGGAAGUAAAGAAGUUUUGAUAGUCGGUGGUGUUGGAUGUUAG